AUGAAUUUGUCUUCUUUUUUGAUGUGCGCAAUAACACAAGGACAACUACAAUAUUGCGAUAUUGAGGAAUCACAUAUUCGAGAGCUCUUGGAAUCAAAUAAUGAGCGAAUUUAUAAAGAAGUCUAUGACGAUAACACUAACGACAACAUUGAUGAUAAUGUUAGCAAAGAUAACUAUCUAGAAGCUGUCCAUUUAUCUCAGAAUUUAACAACGCUUAUUUGUACAAUUUUAAUCUUACAUCAUACCUUAUCUAAUCUAUUUAAUUUAUCAGAACGAAAUAUUUCGAAUCCAGUUAAAAAAUUGUUAACAGAAGUUGACAGAAAGUUACUAAAAACGGCUUGGGUUUCGUUAGAAGCAUCUAAAAAGAAAUUUAAGACAAUCCGCCAGGACAAAUGGGACGAAAUUAUAAAAUCACUUUUAAAAAAGUAUCAAAUAGCCUUAGUACCGAAAUCUGUGUUUGAUCAAACUUUGAUAUUUUGCGCAGUAACGCAAAAGAACUUAUACUUACCUAUUACUCCUAUUACUAUAAGACUCUGA